CAAAGCUGCGAAGGCGGGAUGAGCCCCGAUGGUCUCUGCGAGUGGUGUAACCGUGAUGAAGUCCGUUAUAAAUUCCGCGUCCACCCGCUCGCUGUGGUGCGGGCUGGUAGGAAUUCCCUGAGGAAGUGGAGACGGGAGGAACACAAGUUCCGCGUGCAGGCGGGACCCGUCAGCGGUGACCGUGGCCGACGCCGGCACCGCCCGCAGCCCGGCCAUGGUCUUGCUGUGUGUAAGCCAUACCUGGUCACAUUUUUGGAGCAAUCAAAACAGCCUUGGAGUGCGAGGAGAAAAGAGCCUGGAAUACUAUACUCAGCAAACUUUGGCAAAUACAGCAAAUCUGCAACAGACUUGGAACCUCCAAAAGCAUCCAAAAAUGUUGGCAUCCAUAUUCAAGAGAUGCCUUACAAAUAUAAAGAAUGUAGAAAAGAUUUUAUCAGUGACUCAUCCUCAAACCAACAUCAGCAGGCUGGUAAAGCAGAUAAGCCCUACAGAUGUAAAGAAUGUGGCAAAGAUUUUAAAUAUCACUCAGUCUUAAGUAUACACCAAGUGGUUCAUACUGGAGCAAAACCAUACAAAUGUGAAGAAUGUGGCAAAAGCUUCAAAACUGAUGGGAACCUUAGACAACACCAUCUAAUUCAUACAGGAGAGAGACCGUACAAAUGUGACGAGUGUGGCAAAGGCUUCAGUAGGCCCAUAAAACUUAAAGAACAUCACCUCAUUCACACUGGAGAGAGACCAUACAAAUGCCAGGAAUGUGACAAAGCUUUCAGGAGUAAUACAAAACUUAAUCAACAUCGUAUACUUCAUACAGUAAAUAACCCAUACAAAUGUGAAGAGUGUGGCAAAACUUUCAGGAGUAACACAAACCUUAACCAGCAUCGUUUAAUUCAUACAGGGGAGAAACCAUACAAAUGUAAAGUAUGUGGCAAAGCUUUCAGAUCUCGUCCAAACCUUAUCACACAUGAAAAAAUUCAUACUGGACCAAAACCAUACAAAUGCAAUGAAUGUGACAAUGCCUUUAAGUGUUCUGUACACUUGAUUCAACAUUUGAAAAUUCACUGGGAAGGACUUCCCUAUAGAUGCAACCAGUGUGGAAAACGCUUUAAGUAUUACUCACGCCUUAAUGAUCAUCAGAUUAUUCAUACUGGAGAGAGACCCUAUAUAUGUAAAGAAUGUGGCAAAGACUUUCGUCGUUCUUCAUGUCUUAAUAAACAUCAGAUGCUUCAUACUAGAGAGACACCCUAUAGAUGUGAGGAAUGUGGCAAAGCCUGUUACUGUUCUUCCCAUCUUAAACGACAUCAGAAGAUCCAUGUUGAGGGACGCUACCAUUGUCAAGCAUGUGACAAAGCCUUUAAUAAUCGGUCAACCCUUCUUGUACACCAGAAAACUCAUACUGAAGCAAAACCCUAUAGCUGUCUGGAGUGUGGCAAAGCAUAUUUCUGUUCUUCCCAGCUUAAACGUCAUCAGAAAAUUCAUACUGGAAAGAUACCCCAUGCUUGUAAAGAGUGGCAAAUUCUUUGCGCAGAGCGGCGGGGCGGGCUCUGCAGUCGCGGGCUUUGGGCGCCGCCCAGACGGAGCCGGUGCGCCGGGAGUCCCGCCUCCCGCUGCGGCCUGUCAGCGGUGACCGCGGCCGACGCCGGCACCGCCCGCAGCCCGGCCAUGGAGCUGUUGUCAUUCAAAGAUGUGACCAUUGAUUUCUCUCCAGAGGAGCUGGAAUGUCUAGACCCUUCUCAGUGGGAUUUAUAUAGGGAUGUGACACUGGAGAACUACAGAAACCUUGUUUCCCUGGGUCUUGCUGUGUGUAAGCCAUACCUGGUCUCAGUUCUAGAACAAAGAAAAGACUCUUGCACUGUGAAGAGACAAGAGCCUGGAGCCAUAUACCCAGAGAACCUCUACAAAUAUAACACACCUGGGAAAGAUGUUAAUCAACACUCAAGACCUACUAUCCAUCAACAUGUCUACAUUGAAAAGGACCUUCAUAAAAACAAAGGAUAUGACAAAGAUUUUACUGAUGAUUCAAUCUCUGAUCAAGAGAAAAGAGUUCAUAAAAGAGAAAAGUCCUACAAAUGUAAAGAAUGUGGCAAAGCCUUUAAUAAAUGUUCAACUCUUACUCAACAUGAAAUAAUUCAUACUGGAGAGAAGCCGCACAAAUGUAAAGAAUGUGGGAAAGCAUUUAAUAAUCGCUCAACCCUUACUAGACAUCAGAUAAUUCAUACUGGAACAAAACCCUACAAAUGUAAAGAAUGUGGCAAGGCCUUCAAUAAUAGUUCAACCCUUACUCGGCACCAAAUAAUCCAUACAGGAGAGAAACCCUACAAAUGUACAGAAUGUGACAAAUCCUUUAACUGUUCUUCUUAUUUUAACCAACAUCAGAAAAUUCAUUCUGAAGACAUUCCCUAUAGAUGUAAAAAUUGUGGUAAACCCUUCAGCUGUUUUUCACAACUUAAUCAACAUCAGAGAAUUCAUACUGGAGAGAAACCAUAUCUAUGUAAAGAAUGUGGCAAAGCCUUUAACUGCUCUUCACAUCUUAAUCAACAUCAGAGAAUUCAUACUGGAGAGAAACCAUAUAUAUGUAAAGAAUGUGGCAGAGCCUUUAACUGUUCUUCACACCUUAAUCAACAUCGGAUAAGUCAUAGUGCAGAAAAGCCCUACAAGUGCAAUGAAUGUGGUAAAGCUUAUAUCUGUUCUUCAUACCUUAAUCAACACCAGAGAAUUCAUACUGGAGACAGUCUCUACAAAUGUAAAGAAUGUGGCAAGGCUUGUAACUGUUCUUCACACCUUAACCAACAUCAGAGGAUUCAUACAGGAGAAAAACCCUAUAGAUGUAAAGAUUGUGGUAGAGCGUUUAAUUGUUCUUCACACCUCAGUCGUCACCAGGUAAUUCAUACUGGGGAGAAACCCUACCAGUGUAAAAAAUGUGACAAAGCCUUUAAUGAUAGCUCAACACUUUCUCGACAUCAAAGAAUUCAUACUGGAGAAAGACCUUAUAAGUGUAAAGACUGUGGGAAAACGUUUAACAAUUGCUCAACCUUUACUCGACAUCAAAAGACAUAUGAGGGAAACUUGACAAAUUUAAGGAAUAUAGCUAAGUCUUUUAACACGUGCAUACCCCUUCCUGGCCUCCAAACAAUACUUAGUAGACAUAUAAAUGUAGUAAUGCAGUGAUCAGAGUCACAACCUGUAAUCUAACUCAGUUAUAUAGAAGCAGAUAAUUCAUACUGGAUAGAAAUUUUAUGGGUUUGUUGACUUAGGAGAGGACAUAUGCACACCUCAGUAAACAUUUCUACUAAAAAAUCCUUUAAUAAUAUAAUGAAUGUAGCAAAGGGGCUGGAGAGAUAACUGGUUAAAGUGCUUGCUUCCAAAGCCUGACAGCCUAGGUUCUAUUCCCCAGUACCCAUGUAAAGCCAGAUGCACAAAAUAUCAUAUGCAUCUGGAGUUCAUUUGCACUAGCUUGUGGUCCUGUUGUGUUCAUUCUCGUAAUUCUCUUUCUCUUCAUUCU